AUGAUGGAAAGUGCUGGGCAGGAAGAGUCAAGAUGGGUAACAACCGUUAUUAUGAGCACAGCCCUGCAGAACCACGAAAUUUCUACAGUUCUACAGAGUCAACAUCACCGAGUUCGAUAUUCAGAUUCAGUGGAAAUUGGAUCUGUGAUAUUCUCUCUUUCUGGUGUUGCAUUUAUACUGGCAGACGCUCAGGACUUACUUAGGACAGGAGAAGAACAUUUUUUAGACAGAAUUCAGAAGUUCAUAAGCAUUCACCGAAACAGUUUUUUGGUUUUGUCAGCUGCCCUUCAUGGACCAGAAGAAUGGAAUAUAAUGUUCAGGAUUCAGAGAAGAUUCCUGGGCAGUAAUUUACGCAUCAUUCCGGUUCAUAAUACUGCUGAAACUGUUAAGGUUAUGCUAACUAUAGCUAAGAUAACUUCCAAGCCAUACAGAGAUGAUAUUCGUUACAAAAUGGCAAUGACAAAAGCCUACAUAAUAGAAAAGAGUCCAGUUUGGGAGAUGCUUCAGCAGUACCAGCUGCAUUGUAAUUAA